AUGCUUGUAGCACGUACAAGACGUCUUAACACUGAUCUUUUAAGGAGAAACACAUUUCAAAAGAACCAAGUGACAAGAACUCCCACUCUUCAGGGAUCUGUAGCACCAAGUAGUGCAACUGAAAAGUUACCUUUACCAAGACUCCCCAAAGUUGUAUCAUCAAACAAUCAGUCAUCAUCUAAUGGUCGUACUAGAAAUCUUCUGUGUUCCAAUUCUACAACUGGAACAAGUAGUAGGGUUCAAUCUGCUCUCAAUAAGGACUCAAAUGUACGGCAGACUUCAAUCAGUUAUCAGCCUGUUGGGGUUUCUGUGGCAGAUGUGGCUCCUGUUAUAGAAAUCCCAACUACUGGGGGACCUGUAACAGAAAAUGAAGGACAAAUCACAGGUAGCCCAGGUAGAGAUACUGGUGUUGGACACAGUCACACCACCAAUGAGAAGUCUAAUAAUGUAGAUGCAGUGGAAAGCAUGGUUGAUAUUCCAAUGGAUGAUGGGGAUUUUGGUGAUGCAGGCUAUUCUAGCCCUGAGAGAACUCCUGUUAUAGUAAUCAAUGAUGAAAGUAGCAACGAUCAAGAAGUGUCAGCUGAGAAAGAACAUGGUUUGUCUCAUUCUAAUUCCCGUGAAAAUGAGAUACACCUGCAAUCACCAAAACGGAAAGGGUAAGACAGUAGGAAUAAAUUCUUGUACUUCUGUAAUGAUGUGUGGUUUUCUGCUGGCUGAGGAGCAAAUGAAGUAGAAAUGUCUUUUUCACUCAUGGCUCGGAGUAUGGGUUCAAGUGUACAUACAGUUGUUUUUAAUGCCAUCUGCCGUUGCCUGACCUGCCCUACCUAUCCACUGUUCGCGUGUUUUUUUUUUCUUGUUUUAGCGUUAAUAUUAGUGAGCUGAACCACCAUUUUUGGCAUGGCUGACUUGACAAAAAUGGUGAAAUUUGAGAUACUUGUACUACUAAAUAAUAGGGAGAAGUCCUUAAUGUCAAGUUGCCAUGGUAGCAAAAUUUCUGGAUGACAACAAACCAAAAAAUGUCACUUAAAAAGUGACUUUCCACUGUUUCAGGCUUAUCGAUCUUAUUCAGGUUCAAUUAAUUUGUCAAAUGUUGGCUAAAUUUGCUGGGUUUAAGUCCAGAAGGACUGUAUUUAAGUUUAGAAAAAGAAAAAAGAUUGUGUUGUGUUCACCUACUUUAUAAGGUGGGCGCAUGAAAUAAGGAAGUUUCACGUCAUAGUGGUGCAAUGACGGCUAAGAAAUGGACAAAAAAGCAUGUUGCAAAGUUGAUGUUUUGCUAUCUAAACUUAUCGCUUUUGUCCUUCUCAUUGCUGUCGCCGUUGUUGUUGCUUACAUCCCUAUUGUUGUGAUCCAAAAUUUUGCUACCGGGUAAUGUGAUGUCACACUUUUCCUCUCUAUUACCAGACUGUUGUUGUACAAAAUCUUUGUGAUUAUGUUUGCAGAGUUCAUCCCCGCAGGAGAGUCCCUCAAGGAGACACUAGGUGAGAUGAUGAAACAAAAAUGGUUAUACCAUUAUGACCGAAAAAAACCCUAAACAUGCAGGCCUGAAUUUUACAAAUUAUUUACCAAGAUUUCUUAGCAUUAGGCAAAGGCCUUUACUGUGUACCUUUUAGUUUUAUCGCGAAUUAUAUUCAAAUCUUUGCUAUUUUUAUAGUUGCGGGCAACAAGAGGAGGCCAUUAUCCUAAUCUCCAGGUUGUUAUUGCACAUGUGUCACAUGUAUGUAGCCAGCAUUAGUUUGGACUUCCACUACGAAUGAAUGGAGUGCACUGAACGCAAUUUAAUCACACGUGUUUUGACCUUUUAUGACGUGAAACUUGCACAGAGUACAGCAUUGGAGCAAAAGCAUUUUGGCCUUCAACCAUUGUCACCCGCACUCCAUAACCUUUGGCUAUUACUAGUAUAUUAAUGUCUUCUUAGACACAAAAAACCUACAAAGUUAAUGUCAUUUUUAAUAUUAUUUCUUGGUUGAAUAGAGAGUAUAAAAAGUAAUAUGUAUUUUUUCAUGAUGCUUAUAACUUUAAGGAUACCACUUGAUAUAAACAAUACAUUUAUUUCAAUUUGUUGUGAUAUUUUAAAUUUUGACGCUGAUUAUUUUCUCUUCCAGCCAAUCAGAGGUGGCUGUCUCGACUGCCAAGCAAAUUCCAAAGUCUACCAAUCUGGAAGUUGAAAUGGACGUUAUGUAUGCAUCAGAUACACUAACUCCAGUAAGAACACUUUUACAGCUGAUCAUUCCUUAAAAUAAUACAGUAACAUAAUGGAGAAGAUUAAUAAAAUGAUAUACAAAUAGAUUUGCUAAUGUGUGUAUUAAUCCGGUUGAUCUACUUGAUAUUGAUUUACAAAAAAUGUCAUUAUAACAAUUAAUAAGAAAAAAGAUGACCAAACAGAUGCAUGGUCAGAUGAUAAACAAUAAUUAUUAUUGGAAAGGUUUUUUGCACAAUAUCCUAAAUAAUCAAGGUUGAGGUAAUCAAGGUUUUUAGUGGUAAUUUGUUUAUUAAAUUGAGCAAAUUGAGUCAUGUGUCAGAUUAAAAUAUUCUUGCUUUUGCAUUAAUAUUACAGCAAUCUUUUCUGGGCACAUUACUUAACACUCCAAUAUUGCAAGAAAAACUGGCAGAAAAUAUCAACAAAGUGGUUGGAAGGUGAGAAUUCUUAUGUAUAUUAAAAUCAAACCAGACAAUUUUAACCCUUAAACACUUGAAAUCAAAAUCUAAAUUCUCCUCUCCUUUUCCAAUAUGGUUCUUAGAAAUCGAAAACAAUUGUAAUAGAAUUUAUUCAUUUUGGCUGAUCAUCUUUUGAACUCUCCUCGUUUCUGUGAUUAAUUAAGCGUGGAUGUAACAAGUAGAAUGUGUAUGUUGAUUACUCUCAUAGAUUAAAACAGUUACUGUAAUCCUUGUCAAUCCUAAUAUCAGUGAGUGAUAUGGUUCAAUUUUAUUCUUGGUUUACAUAUAAUUAUUUAUACCUUUUCUGCUUUGAAGACCUACAGUGUGGUGACAGAAAAAGAACCUAGUCACAAAGAUUGUACAUGUAUAGCAUAGUCCGGGGGAAUGUGGAUGGCUUGUGUCAAGUCAAAAUGAAAGUUUUUGUUGAUGUUUAACAUAGUGAAGCUCACUUUUCUGACCAGAUCUCAGUUGCUUACAUCAAAAUUUGCCAAAUCCUGCAUCAUAAAAUUAUCAAAAUAGUUCAGCAAUGUCCCUUUCAGUAAUUAAAGUCACAAUUUUCAGCUCCCAUCUCGCUCUGGAAUUCUGAUCUUGAAAUGAGACAUAUUGUGGAUUUCAAACUAAUCUCUUCUGGACCCUUUACAAUAAUUACAUAUGUUAUCUUUUCAUUUUCGUACUCAAAUUUGUUGACUAGGCACUUCUCUCUCUUUGAUAUUCUAUCACCUUGCCUCAAGAUUAUAUCCAAAAUGGGAUUUUCUUGCAGUUCAAGGACUCAGCCUGCUUCUGAUGACCCUCCAACUGACUCAGCACAGACUGUGACGAUAACUGAGGACAGCAGUGAUGAUAUAUUAAUGGCAUCUAAUCCGGUAUAAAACCAAAAAAAAGCUUUUGCAUGGUAAUUUUUAGAAGUCAGUCAGGUAUAUUAUUGUACAACUGUCAAGAUAUCAUUGUUUCAGAAUUACGUUUAGCUAUAUAUAACCUUCCAGGACCAAACACUUCAUUGUGUAUUGUACUGAAGCUUUCAAAACCAUUGUGUAGCAUCUUUUGUUACUUUCACUUUUGUAACUUGACCUAAAAAGAUAUGUGCUCAACAAAUUAACCUUUUUUGUGGAGUCGACGAUAAUUUUAUCUAUUGGUACGAUUUGACAACUUUUCGAAGUGGACCAUUGGGUGAACUAAUGAGACGAAUUUGUUCACUGGUAUUGUGUCAUAAGGAAAUGUAUAAAGAUCAGUAUGGAGAGUUUCUAUCUGGAUUUUUGGGCUUAGGAUGACUUGCCUGGAUCCUUGGCAAGUUACUUGUCCCAGACCACCAGGUGAGACUUUUUUGAGCCCUGCCCUUGUGAGAAAGAUAAUGCAAGUGUUUUCUUGUUUGUUUUCAGGAAGCUGGUGGUGAUAUUCCUGUUAAAGAAAUCAUGGAUCUCAUGCAAGCUGACCCAGCGUUUGAUGUACUUUUCUCUUUGUUUGGAAUUGGUAGGUUUGACUUAUGAUUUGGGAACUCACAAAGUGACCAACUCCCAGUGUGUUACGAACCUUAUACUGAUUUAAAAAUAUCAUCUUAUGGCAGACGCAUUAGAUGCCUUGCCUUCUACAACAGACCCAAGCACCCUGUUGGCAGAAACAAGU